GCAGUUUUGCUGUAAAGAACAGAAAGUGAAAGUUACACAUACAGGAAGCGUCAGAGAGCAGCUCGUCUCCAUGAGAUUCCUUGCAACAAUAUUUGACGUUAACGCUUUUAUUUAGUGAUAAAUCAUUGAAGUUAGUAUAGUCUACUUACUGUAUUAUUUGUUUGUCAGCAAAGCGUUUUUAUGGGCCUGUUGUGAGCUGUGUCCGAUAUAAAGAUGGCAGCGGGGCCUGAACAAGUUCAUGAUUUGUCAGCUGGCAGCUGCAGGCCGGAUGAAUCUGUUAUGAGGAUUCUUCUGCUGGGCGGGAAGAGUUCUGGGAAAAGUUCAUCUGGAAACACUAUACUGGGACAGAAGAAGUUUAAAGUUAGAAAACAGAAAGCUGAAGUUUGUGAAGAAGUAACACGCAUCGGUGAAAAACAAGUGCAUGUGAUCGAUACUCCAGAUCUGCUGGAUUCAGACCUAACUAAAGACGAGGUAGAGACCAUGAGAGGGAAAGUUCUGUCUUUGUGUACAGCAGGUCUCAGUGCAGUUCUGCUGGUCGUGCCUUUAUAUAAAGAUGUAGAAAACGAAGAAGAGAUUUUAUAUUUGAUUAGAUCUUUAUUAGGCCCUGAAGUUCAGAAUUACAUCAUGCUUCUGUUCACACACGGAGAUGAUCUGGAGGAGCAGGAAGAGACCAUUGAUGAACAUCUACAAAGUCACAGAGAUCUUCAGCAGCUGGCUGUUACCGCCGAGGGAAAGUUUCAUUGUUUUGAUAAUAAGUGUAAAACGAGGACUCAGGUGACAGAACUACUGGACAAGAUCGAAAAAAUGACAGCAGCCAAUGGAGAGCUAUUUCUCAUGGCACAAAUGAAAAGAAGUGACAGCAAGGACACAGUUGUUGAUUUUUCAGAAAAGAGCCCAGCAGGUGAAGUUCCACUCAGACUGGUGUUACUGGGGAAAACUGGAGCUGGGAAAAGUGCCACGGGAAACACGAUCCUCGGCAGAAAAGUGUUCGACUCCACCACCAGCUCGAACUCUCAGACCAAACACUGCAGGUCAGAAUCCAGCGUGAGGACCGGUAGAGCCAUCUCAGUGAUCGACACACCUGGACUGUACGAUAAUAAACUCAGUCAAGAGGAGGUCAUGCAAGAAAUAGUGAAAUGCAUGAUCCACUCGACUCCUGGACCGCACGCUUUUCUCCUUGUGAUUAAAGUUGGUCGAUUCACAGAGGAAGAAAAACACACAGUCAAGCAACUCCAAGAAGUGUUCGGAGAACAGCUCGAGAAAUACACCAUGAUCCUCUUCACGCAUAAGGAUCAGUUGGAGAAGGAAAAGAAAACCAUUGAGGAUUUUCUACAAAAUGGUGAUCCAGAUCUUCUAGAUCUUGUUAAAGGUUGUGGAAACAGAGUCUUCUGUUUGGACAACGCAUCAGCCAAAUAUCCACAAUAUAAAGAUAUGCUCAGUAAAAUAGAGACAAUGGUGGCAGAAAAUGGAGGCAUGCACUUCUCCAAUGACAUGUUUGAGGAAACAGAGAAGUGUGUUCGGGAGAUUCUGGAACAGAAAUUAGAUGAGAAAGUUAAGAGUUACAAAGAGAAGAACAAAGGUGUCGUUCAAACUGAAUGGCAGCAAAUAUACUGGCGUUUAGCAGAUGAGUCAAGAGAGGAAGCUAAGACUGUUAUGAUUGGUGAUGUGUACAUAACAGCUUUAGCUAGAAUGUUGGGGAAGGUAUCGGUAUCAAGUGAAGAGAGAGAAAGCACCAUAAAGGAAGCUGAGAGUAAAGGAAUCAGUUCUGGAAGGGCAUUUACACUUGCUGUCACAGCCACAAGAAAACUAGCAAAACAGACGAUGUGUGGAGUUCAGUGAGAAAAGCCAUGAGGAAAAUGAUCUUAAGCCUAAAUUAUAGAGACAAAUCACAUUUAGCUUGUUGAAUAUAUAGUUAACAUAUAUAACGGUAAAACAUGUUUGAUGUUUAAAACAAUCAUGAAAAACCACAGCAUAUGUUGAAUCAUACAAAAUUAUUCAUAAAUAAUCUCUAGUGUAUUUAGGCUAAAGAGACUAUUUUGAGAAAACAAUGUGCCAUAAAAUAUCCUUUGUUUUUACAUUGUAUAGUGACAUCUGUGUACAUGCCCACCAAACAAAGGCAUGUCCAAAUGACGUCUUUUCUACGUCAUUGGUGACGUAGAAGAGACGUCCCCUGAGGAGCCAGAAUGAAAGUAUUUACAACGUCUUUUUAUGACGUCUUCUGAACUUCUGAUUUUGAUGUUCAGGUGAUCUCUAUAAUUGCAUUGAAUCUAUAUCACUUUUGCACCUGCAAUUAAUGUUGAAAUGUAUUAAACCACCAUUAAUGUGAUCAGUGUUUGCUUUAGUUGGGCUCUUGACCGUUACAUUUCACUUAUAAGUUAGGUUUUCUUUGGCCAUUGAAACAAUGAGUUAAGAUACAUUUGUUAUGGCAAGGAAGACUAAGCUAAAUGAAUAAAAAAUGUUGUCUUACAAUAUUUAUUUUAAAAUGAAUAUGCUCAGUGAGUGUGUUGUAUUUAUAUGCAAAUGGAACCCUACCCUUCAAACAGAAUCAGAAUCAGAAAGAGCUUUAUUGUCAAGUGUGUUUGCACAUUCAAGGAAUUUGUUGUGAUGACAGGAGCAUCCAGAACACAGAAACAGACCAUAACACAAUCGAACACAGUACACAAUGGUUUAAAUAAGGGCCUAUGGGUAUAAACAAUUAAGAAAUACAAUACAAUAAACAUAAGAUAAAGAUAUAGAGAGUAAAGCUAUGUAUGUAUGUAAAUAUGUACAAGUAAAAAAUAAGAAUAGACUGUAGAGUAUUUGGCAUAAGCCAAAUGGUCGGAAUCAUUGAAAGAAACGCUAUAUAUUUUAAAUGAUGUUCAGAAAUCGCUUUCUCUCUCUCACUCACUUUCUCUCUCUCUUUUUCUCUCCGCGCUCCCUAGCGCAUUUGUGUUUCAUGUAUUUGUUUGUGUUUAUGCGAUCGUCAUUAUGUUUACCAUGUAGUGUAAUAAACAUCCAUAUAUAUUCA